AUGCGGUUUCGAAGCAAAUUAAUCAAUAUUGUGACUUUUUCAAAGAAUGAGGUUGUUCGAUUCACCAUCAUCCCCGACCAAGGCACCCAGGUUUGGGCUCAGUUACCAGUAGAUGCCAUAUUCGAUGGACAGACAUAUAUCCUUGAAUCCAAUGCGGGGGUCAUCAAUCUAGAAGUCCCCGUGGGAGCUCUCCAUCGCGCACUUCGCUCUGCCGUCGCCGCCGCCUCCGCUCAGUUACGAUUAACCAAGAAAGGCAAUGUUCCUCUCCUGGCACUGACUGUACAUGCUUCAUCUUGGACUGUCGGCUCCAAUGCCCUUGGCAUAGGCAUUGGCGAGACGAGCGACCAUGAUAUCGGGAAUUCGUCUAGGCCCGGUCCCUCCGGGCCUCGGGAGCGCGAGACGGUCAUCACGCAGGAAGUGCCCGUCAAGGUGCUGCACGAGACCGCCGUCGAGGGUCUUCAUGAACCACGCUGUCGAGAUCCAGAUGUACAUAUUGUAUUACCCAGUCUGGCCCAGCUGAAGAGCAUAUCAGAGAGGUUUACCAAGUUAGCAGCGGAUGCUACUAAUUCGUCCUCCUCGACUGGGUUCUCCGGCGCGUCUUCGUCUUCUCCCAAACUAGAAUUAUCCGCCAAUAUGCAUGGGUCUCUUAAAUUGGCAAUUGCCACCGAUGCAUUGCGCAUCUCGAGUGUCUGGACGGAUCUGGUAAAUCCGUCCCUGGACCCGAGCCAGUUGUCGCAGACAGAAAUCGAGCAGUUGCCUAGUGAGCGGAUGCGUGGGUUAAACGAAAACGAUGAGGCCGCAUGGGCCAAGGUGAGGAUUGAUGGUAGAGACUGGGGUCGGGUAUUAAGCGUUGGAAGGUUGAGUCCCAAGGUGGUCGCCUAUGCUCUUUACGCGUAUAUCAAGGUUUCGUUCAUGAGACGGCGCUGA